AUGGAAGCUGACGAGCUGGAAUGCGAUGAGCUGGAGGUGACCAGAGAGGAGCUGGUGAAGAUAAUUCAGGACCGGGUGAACUGCAGGCUGCUCCAAACACCUGCAAACUUAUCCAAACUGAGUACGCUGCUCUCUCUGUGGAACGAGAAGGAGAAGCUCUACACAGAUCUUUAUAAUCUAUUUGAGUCCGUUUCAAAAUGUGAAGGUGUUGUCAGACAGCUGUAUAAAAAGUUAGGAUGGCAAUAUAAAGACUUACUAGAUGGCAAUGACUUUGAAUCAAAUUGUGGGUCUACGUGUGAACAGACUGACGAUGAAGAUGAAUGCCAUUCUCCUGCCUUAAGCAAUACUCCUACUAUAGUUGUAGAAGAAGAGAAUGCUACUGAGGCCCCGGAAGCCUGCCCCUCCACAACCGCCAAAACGGGCACUUGUCCUUUCUGA